AUGCUUAGUCCAAAAGUAUGGAACUUCAAACCUCCUCAACAUCAUUUUUCUAUCGAAAAGAGAGAUUAUAAAAAGAUUGAUGUACCAGACGUAGUCACAUCGCAUUAUUUUAACCAUUCUGUAUCUUUAGUACUUCCUGAUACAGUUAGAAUUCCGGAUGAGUUGUGGACUUGUAUUUCUGAUGAUAGCGACUAUUAUCGAAUUAACGGGCUAAAUGUAUUUGAAUUAAUAAAUAAAGAGUUUAUCGAAGCAUUUGUUAAAACAGGGGAACUGACUCUUUUAUCAAUAGGACACAAAAUAGACUUAGAUAAUUCAGUUGCUAUUACACCAUCUGGGCAUUUAAUAUUAUCUUUAUUAACUGAGGACUUUCAAAAACUGGGUUUAGAAGGCAAGGUUUCCUUCUUUGAUCGUAAAGUGCAUACACGUCGUGUUGUGACUAUUGACUUAAAAUCUGAGAGUUUUACACCUGGCAAAAAGAAUUAUGAACAUACUCGAACAUCGCUAAAGGAGCAUUUUAAUCAAAAGUUUGAUAUAAUUGUAUCAUGGAAUCCACCAGACGAAAACCUGUGUCCAUCAUCAAUAGCAGCAUGGUUUCAUAAACACGAGUAUAGUGUAGUUCUUUGCCAUCAAACUUCUGUACAAAGAAUUGAAUAUUCUUUACCAAUACCAGUAAUUUCAAAUGAACUCGAUAAUGAUAAAUUUUUUGAAUGGCUUGGAGUUCUCAGUAUUUCUGGUGAUUUAAAAAAUGACAAAAAUAAUGAUUAUGUGAACACAUACAAAUGUCCACCUCCAUCUACGGAUGUUGGUCAAGUACGGUAUCUGCAGUGGAUUGGUUUUUUCACAAGAAAACAUAUAACACAUUUGUAUAAUGUCGUAAAAGAAUAUAUAUCAAAGGAAAAUAGUUUACCAUGGGGUGCUUUACAUGUUCAAGGAUUUUUGGAUAGCCCUGUUAGCUGGGAUUUAAGAGAACAUACAUUUUAUACUGAUGGUGACAAUAGUUAUACUAUUGUGUUUAGACCAGCUGCUCCUUCUAUUAUACGAAAAAGUUUAAGUUCAAACAAUAAACCAAGGAUUCUCCAAUAA